GAGUCUAUACUGAAGCCAAACAAACUAGAAAAGAAUCUCUCAAAACUUCUUUCCUCUCUCUCUCUCUCUCUCGCUCUGAAAAUUCCAUAAAUCUUCCAUGCUCGAUCCUCCUUGAUUCUUCUUCUUCACUAUUUAUUCAUCUUCGUCUCUCACUCUCCGUGUAAAUCUACAUCACUCGCUUUCUUUGGCGUCCUUUGAUUUUGGUGGUUUUUCUUCUUGUAAUGGCGAUCGAGGAAGACAGCGAGAGCUGCGGUAGUCGACCCGCGCAGUCGCACCCUCCUCCCCAGCAAAGGCAUAAAAUGGAGGUGUACAAAGAUGUGCUUCGUAGAAUCCAGGACUUGAAUUGUCAGGAGGCCAACCUUGUCGGCUUCGAAGAUCAGCUCUGGCUCCAUUUCAAUCGUCUCCCUGCUCGUUAUGCAUUGGAUGUGAAUGCGGAGAGGGCAGAGGAUGUGCUGACUCAUAAAAGACUACUGCAAUUGGCAGAAGAUCCUGCUAAUCGACCAGCAUUUGACGUUCGUCUGGUGCAGGUUUAUCCCAUUGCAAGUGGAAAUUCCAUUGAUUCCGUGCAUUCAGAUUCUUCAAUGAAAGAAGAUGCACAGAGUUCUUAUAAUAACUUUAGCAGACAGGGGAUCCAUCCACCACCUACCUUUGGUUCAUCUCCGAAUCUUGAAUCACUUUCCCUUCAAGCCAGUAGAGGUCAUGUUGAAGAUGGAGACAGUGCCAUGAGUGUCACGCCAUCCUUUCCUAUGCGUAUGCACGAGAUUACGUUUUCAACAGUUGACAAGCCCAAACUCCUAAAUCAGUUGACUUUGUUACUCUCUGAGAUUGGACUGAACAUUCGAGAAGCUCAUGCAUUUUCGACCUUGGAUGGGUUCUCUCUGGAUGUCUUUGUCGUUGAUGGUUGGCCUUUUGAGAAAACUGAGGAGCUUAAAGAUGCAUUGGAAAAAGAAAUUUUGAUGUCUAAGGAGCAAUAUUGGUCCAAAGAGCAUUCGGUUUCAACUGAGAACCAGACGAGGAUUGAAACCUCUUCUAAUUGCAUAGAAAUACCGAGUGAUGGAACUGAUGUCUGGGAGAUCGAUGCCAGACAGCUGAAAACUGGAAACAAAGUUGGAUCUGGGUCAUUUGGUGAUCUGUAUAAAGGCACAUAUUUUAGUCAGGAAGUGGCUAUCAAAGUUCUCAAAACUGAGCGUGUCAACCGGGAGAUGCUUCGAGAGUUUUCCCAGGAAGUAUAUAUAAUGAGGAAAGUCCGUCACAAGAAUGUUGUGCAAUUCAUAGGCGCAUGUACGCAACCUCCAAACCUAUGCAUUGUGACUGAAUUUAUGUCACGAGGAAGUGUCUAUGACUUUCUGCAUAAACAGAAGGGUGUAUUUAAGCUUCCAUCUCUACUCAAAGUAGCAAUUGAUAUUUCCAAGGGAAUGAAUUAUUUACACCAAAAUAAUAUAAUCCACCGGGACCUCAAGACUGCCAAUCUUCUGAUGGAUGAAAAUGAAGUCGUUAAGGUUGCCGAUUUUGGGGUUGCCAGAGUGAAGGCUCAAUCUGGAGUGAUGACAGCAGAAACUGGAACGUAUCGUUGGAUGUCUCCUGAGGUCAUUGAACAUAGAGCAUACGAUCACAAAGCAGACGUCUUCAGCUUUGGAAUUGUACUUUGGGAGCUUCUAACUGGAGAACUCCCCUAUUCCCAAUUAACCCCAUUGCAAGCAGCCGUUGGUGUGGUGCAAAAGGGUUUACGGCCUUCAAUCCCAAAAAACACUCGCCCAAGACUUGCUGAACUGUGUGAGAGGUGCUGGCAGCAAGAUGCAGCUCAAAGACCUGAUUUCUUUGAAAUUCUAGAAAUCCUUCAGCAAAUAUCUGAUGAGGUUCGGAAGGAGGGAGUAUACAGUAGCAGCAGGGAUAUUAAAGCACCUGGAGGCUUCUUUUCAGCACUCAGGAAGGGGCACCAUUGAAAGUAUUUUUAAUGCUCUGCAUCUACUGCAUUAUCGGAUUGUGUAGGCAGGCCAUUUUCCAUUUGCUUAUGCAUGAAUUUGCCUUUGUACAGUAUUUUUCCCCAGGAAGGAACUAACCCUAGUUAUCUUGUAUUUCCUUUUCCUUGUAAAUUUAGAAGCAUAAAUACAUCUAUACUUAAAAAGUUUUUCUUGCUGACGAACAUAAAUAUCCAAAUGUAUUGGAAAAUUGCACU